AUGUCCCUCGUCCCCAGCAUUCCUGCUCUCGAGUCUGCGAACUCUGGCAACUACGUUCAGAUUACAAAAGUCACACCCUCCGACCUCGAAACGUUAAUCACAACCUCGGUGGAUGAAUUCCAGAGCACAGGCUGCUCAACUGACCUCCUCAGCCUCCUCGCGCAAAGCGCCGCGGAACGGACGCAAACAGAUACAGUGCGCUACCUUGCUCGCCUUAAAGGCAAGGUUGCGGCCUCGGCGGGCAUCGCAGUCAUGAACGAAAAAUUACAACCUCAGAUCGAUACUAUCUCCCCAUCUGAUGCUAUAUCCAAGCACAAACAACAAUUCUGCCUUGUCGAUGGCAUCAGCCUAUCCCAACGUACCCGUCAGCGAGACCCUGACCUGGUUCAGGGAACAUCAACUACGAAACAGGAAUUGAGCAGAAGCACCAACAUGCAGUCCAUCAUGGUUUCUGCACGAGAAAGCAGCAGGGAACCCCCUGCAGCCGUUAACCAUGUCUGUGACCGCAUAAGCAUGGACAAACCAAGCCGCCGCACGUACGGCCCCGACAAACCCCUCAGUCGAAAACUGAGGCUAGGCAUCUGCGCAAUGGAAGAAAAGGCCCGCAGCAAAGCCAACCAAGAGAUAUUCUCCCGCUUAGAGUCUACAGUCGGUAUCGACAUAGUCAUAUUUGGAGACCAGGUCCUGCAGGACAAGCCCGUGGAGGCAUGGCCACACUGCGAUGUCCUCAUCGCCUUCUAUUCCCACGGCUUCCCGCUGGCCAAGGCAAUCGCGUACACCCAGCUCCGGCCCUGCGUCUCGCUCAACGAUCUGCAUAUGCAGCGCCUCCUGCUGGAUCGGCGGCUGUGCCACAGGGUCCUGGUUCAUCUUGGGGUGCGCACGCCCAAGAGACUCGAGGUCAGCCGAGACGGGGGACCGAAGCUUGGACAGUUGGAUAGGUUGACUGGGCUGGGGCUACGGAUUGAUGGUCAAGAGGUCUUGACUAAGCCUGUGGUGUCCUUGUCUGAGGAUUGCAAUACGCUGGUUGUCGAUGGGAGAGAGCUCCGCAAGCCCUUUGUCGAGAAGCCUGUUGAUGCUGAGGACCACAAUAUCAAUAUCUACUACCCAGGCGGUGGUGGACGGAGGCUAUUUCGGAGGAUCGGGAACAAGGCUUCGGAGUACGACCCGCGCCUGACUGUGCCUAGGUGUAUCACCGAGGGAGGCACCAGUUACGUCUACGAACCGCUAUUGACCGCCGAGGGUGGCCAGGAUGUCAAAGCUUACACCGUAGGCUUUUAUCCUCGGCCUUAUUUUUCUUUUGCCGUUACGCGCCCUUCGCCGGCUGUUGUCGGGGUCGUUGUCCGAGACGCCAACGGUCGGGAACGGAGGGAUCCUACGGAGCUUACUGGUGAGGAGAGGGAGAUGGCGGCUAAGAUAUCGACUGGUUUUGGACAGGCAGUCUGUGGGUUUGAUAUUGUUCGUAUGGGCCGGAAGAGCUUUGUGAUUGAUGUGAACGGCUGGACUUCAGUGAAGAAUCAGAGUGUAUUCUAUGAUGAGGCGGCCGGGGUUCUCAGCCAGAUGCUCUUGCAGAUUUGA